AUGGGAAACAACGAAUAUAGUCGUGUGUUCGGGUACACAGUCGCAACUACGGGAACUAUCUCAUCUUACUUGGACCCUUUCUCUCACUACUAUGGAUCGAGUAUUUAUUCGUCUGUGUGUAGUGGGAAUUCUGUGACGAUCACAUUUGACGAUGACCGCCGUGAGUGGAUCUCCUCUGUGCUUGUUCAGGCGCAUUAUUUUGAGGAUGACAAGUUCACACGCCAGUUCAAUGUGUAUGGAAAGAAUCAAGAUGAUGCGGAUUGGGUACUUCUGAAUGAAUUUAACAACCUUGGAUGGUCUCUCAUUGGACAGACCAAGAAAUUGUGGCUGAAGAACAACAAGUCUUACAACCAGUACAAGUUUACGAACUUUGGAUCUGGCAUUAGCAAGACUUGCGCAUGGAAGAUUAGCCGUAUUGAUUUGUACAGUGACAACAUGCAUAUGGAUAUUCCCGCCCUGAGCUAUUCCACUAUUGUUGCUAUCAAGGAUGUGGAGAUAGCUGAGGCGUAUCCAAAUACAAACCUGUAUCGAGAUUUCACAAUUUCGCCCUCUCUUCCCGAAGGAUUGAGCUUAUGUCCUGCCUCUGGUAUCAUCCUGGGUACAGCCACCGAAUACUCCGAUGCCAAGAAUUACGUUAUUUCUGCGAAGAAGGUGAAUACCAAUGAGCAGACUAGUGUUACAGUCAAUUUCGGAGUUUCUCCCUGCACUGGAGGAAGGAGCUUCAUCACCGCCAAGAUGCGGAUCGAUACCUACAAUCAAGAAUGUGGUUACAAACUCUUCGAAGGCCGUGGAAAGAGUGGAAAGCAGAUUGCUGUCCUGUCAGAGGCUCCUUACCGUGAUUCUCUCCUCUACCUUGAUCGCUGUCUGAAGGAUGGCCUUUACACUUUUUACGGAGUGGAUAAUUUUGGAGAUGGAUGGUUUAUUCCUGGAGGAUAUAUGAUGACUGUCGACGUCGGUGCGACUAUUUUCGAAACCAAGUUGGUGACGGCAGCACCAAAGCCUUCUGAAAUAGGAACCACUUUUUCUUCCUAUCUUCCUUUUCAGAUCAAUCUUUCUGACUGGAAACUGAUGAAAAGCACUCUGAGUGAUUUGACAUGGACGCAAAAGGACUACGACGACUCCACUUGGUCCACUUCCAAGGCUGCUGACUUCGGAUCGACCGAACACAUAACGUCCUAUGUUCGCAAGACAUUCAAUAUUCCUAACCUGGACGACUAUCAGGUCCUCAAUGUCCGCGUUCUUUAUGCCGGAGGCGUUGUUGCAUAUUUCAAUGGAAAGAAGGUGGCUCGCUUCAAUCUCCCUGAUGAGUAUAACAGUUCUACCUAUGCGAUAACGACACAUGAUUUCACAGUGUUCUCUUCUUUCCAUGUCAUUUUGGCUAUGAGCGGUGCAGUGGUUGAAAACAAUGUAAUGGCUUUCGAAAUCCACUCUCCUUCGAAUGUGGUUGGAUCUAUCCAGUUUGAUGCUACAGGUAUUUUCGGUGUGGAGCAGUGCUCUAUGGUGCUGGACACGUACACCGACUUUUCUGGAACGUCUCCGAUGUCUACGGGGAAAGAACUGACCGAUCUCUUCGACUACAACUUACUUACCUACAGUCUCUUCUCGAGCAGUGCAGAGAGCAAGAUUUUGUGGAAAGUGGAGAACUUGGAAGGUACCAUCUUUAACAGCUAUGGACUAAUCUCGUGGGUGAGCGUCACUGGCAUCGGCUUCUCUCUCAUGGGAAACAAUGAUCUUACGGAUAGAGAAGAAUACAUUAAUUUCGCCACUGAGCAUGGCGUUGAACUUGGGAUGCGCAAAAUCGAAACCUUCAAGACUCCCAUCAACUUCAUCCCAUUCCGUUCCUUCAAGUGGGUCGUGGAAACUUCUGGAUCAGUCUCGCUGCAAACGUCCUCCUUCCUCUUCUAUUACUGCAAGGCGGAUGGCGAUCUUUGCCAGGGUGAUGACUUGUUCCCUACAGUGGGAGAAGGCCAGGUUUCGCCGGCUCUCUGUGACCCGGGCUUUAAGGGAUACAAGUAUAGACAGUGCAGCCAGGGUAAACUGGGAGAGGUGAAGACUGACAGGUGCAUCUACAAGGAACCUACCAAUUUGCUUUAUCAGCAGUCGAGCUUUGAACUGGUGAUGGGAACGAAUGUUGAAAUACCCGCUCCUACCUACAACAACCUCAUCACCAAGUUCACUUCGGACAAACCCCUUCCUGUCGGCCUCAUACUGGAUGAGACGACUGGAAAGAUCUAUGGAAAGCCUACGGCUGAAACUGCACUGGCCUCCUUCGUUAUUACUGGAGAAAAUCCCGUGGCUGCUACGCAGAUUACGAUUGCGAUCACGAUUCGCAAAGGACAUUGUAUUGCUGAAGGCUUCUUCCCUACAACGAAGGUCGGCGAGACGGCUGUAUUCCACUGCGCCUUGCAGGGCAGUUACAUCGGAACACAGCAGCGAUAUUGCGUGUUGGGAGAGAAGGAUGGAGUGUGGAAGAAAGCAUCCGGAGUGUGCUUCCCGAUUGCUGUAACCGUCAUUCUGAUACUCUUUGCUUUGAUUAUUAUUGUGGUUAUUGUGUUUAUCGUUCUUCGAAUGGCAAGAAGAACGAAAGCUGUGGGCGGCGUUCGAGGCAAGAAGGCUAUCAAGAAAACUUCAGCGCCGACCAAGAGUAAUGAAAAGAAAGUGAAGGUGUAGUUCAUAUGCACUUG